AUCCCUCAACAUGUUGGCCCCACGGCUUGAAAAACUUAGGAAAUGGUAUUGAGAAAUCUGGGGCAGUCCCAGCGAGGGGAGAGGCCACAGGGGGAGAAGGGAGGGCUGAGCUGGGGAGAGGUAGGAGCCAGAUAAGAGGCAGCCUCCAGCAGCCCCUGCUCGCUCCUUCCCAUCCUCUCCCUCUGACCCUCUGUCCCUCCACUGUCCCUGCACCAUGGGACCUGCCUCAGGUCCCAGCCUGCUAUUGUUGCUACUCACCAGCCUCCCCCUGGCCCUGGGGGAUCCCAUGUACUCCCUGAUCACCCCCAACAUCCUGCGGCUGGGGAGCGAAGAGAUGGUGGUGCUGGAGGCCCACGAUGCCACACAAGACGUUCAGGUCACGGUCACCGUCAGCGACUUCCCAGCCAAGAAGCAAGUGCUGUCCAAUGAAAAGAUCACGCUGACCAGUGCCUCGGACUACAUGGGCAGCGUCACCAUCAAG